CUCCUCGUCGUCCCCCCUCCUCCUCGUCGUCGUCGUCUCACCCAACGAACUUUUCCGGCGAACUCCCCGACGAGAUCGAUGGCCGCCGGCGAACGGCAAUCGAACAAGGAGUACUAGGACGCCCUUCUUUGUUGUUUCUUCUCGGCAAGAUCAGUUGGUUGGCACCACCUGCCAUUCUUGGUUUGGAAGUGUGGGAGGGAGGGGUUCGGUUGGUCGAUGCCGUUGCGGUUGCCGUGCGCGAUGGAGACGAGGCCACCGCGGGCGGCGGCGCCGGCGCCGGCGAGGGUGUCGAGGUUCCGGAGGCUGCUUGUGCGGGUGUCCGCGGAGCCGGAGCGGGCGGGCGGCGGCGGCGGCGGGGAGGUGAGGGAGAAGGAGGAGAAGGCAGCGGAGAUGGAAGUGGGGUCGGUGGGGUUGGACCGGAUGGUGCUCAGCUUCAUGGAGGAUUCCGCCGCCGCCGCCGUGGAGCGGCCCCCGCGUGGCCGCUGCGGCAGCUGCUUCAACGGCGGCGGGGACGGCAGCGACGACGAGGAGUUCGACUUCCUCCCCUCCGACUCCUCCGCCACCGCCGCCGCUUCGGCCGCCGCCGCCGCCGGCGACGCCCUGGACGCGUUAAAGGGCUUGGUGCAGAGCGCGAGCAUGGCGGAGAGGAACCUCCUCGCCGACGCGUCGAGGAUCGCCGAGAGGUGCCGCAAGGGCGGCAAGAAGAAGGCCGACGUCCGCUGCGCCGUCGCCGACGGCCUCGCCGCCCUCGGCUACGACGCCGCCGUGUGCAAGUCGCGGUGGGACAAGACCCCCUCCUACCCCGCAGGCGAGCACGAGUACAUCGACGCGGUGGUGGCGGCGGAGACGCGGCUGGUGGUGGAGGUGGACUUCCGGUCGGAGUUCGAGGUGGCGAGGUCGACCAAGGCGUACCGCGCGGCGCUGCAAGCUCUCCCGCCGCUGUUCGUCGGGACGCCGGACCGGCUCGGGCAGAUCGUCGCCGUCGUGGCGGAGGCCGCGCGGCAGAGCCUGAGGAAGAAGGGCCUCCACGUCCCGCCAUGGCGGAAGCCGGAGUACAUGCGCGCCAAGUGGCUCUCCCCGCAAGUCCUCCGCUGCUCCGACAAGCCGCCGCCGCCGCCGCCGUCGCCCCCGCCCACGCCGGUAUCGCUCUCCAGCUUCUCCGGCGAGUUCGAGCUACGCUUCGACGCCAAGACCCCACCAAACCUCAGCGCCACCGCCGCCGGCGACGACAACGACAACGACAACGACGACGAGGUCGAGGCGAAGAAGAUUACGAUGGUGGUGUCCCCAUCGCCGUGGCGCCCGGUGGAGCCGGAGGCGGCGAGCAAGAAAAGGUCACCGCCGCCGCCGCCGCGGCGCCCCGAGGGGAAGGUGGUGACCGGGCUCGCCGCCGUGCUCUAACCGCGGCGAAGAACUCACUUUACUACACUAGCUAAUUAACCAGCUCUCCUCCCUCGCCAAUUUUCUCUGUUUUUUUUUUCAUUUUUCCAUCGCCGCUUUGAUCCGUCCGAGGCUUAGCUCAUGGUGUUUUCUCAGUUUUUUUUCCGAUUUUUUGGAAAAAGACAUUUACAGAAAACACCUCCAUUUUUCUUUUUUCUUUUUUUUAUUCUAGAACAAAUUUUGGUUUCCACAAAAGGGAAGUGCAAGGAGCAGUAGCUGUGACAGCUUCUAGGCCCCCUAUUGUUGAGAAGAGGAUGAAAAAUGAAAGUAUGAACUAGAGAUAUGCAACAUUAUCUGGUUGCUUAAUCAGAUCUUAAUCACUACUUGUA